AUGCCGGCUGUGCCGCACGCACCGGGCUGUGCCCUGCGGCUGGCACCGAGCCCGCCCCUCGGGGGGACCCCGCUGGGGCUGGCAGUCACCGGUGCGGGCCCCCAGCACCGCCUGGGAGACCCUGACCCCGCUCCCGGCGGCCCCCAGUGCAACACGCAGGACUACACGUGGCACAAGGGCACGCGCUGCGAGUCCAUCGUCACCGACUUCCAGGUGAUGUGCGUGGCCGUGGGCUCGGCCGCGCUCGUGGUGCUGCUGCUCUUCAUGCUCACCGUGUUCUUCGCCAAGAAGCUCUACCUGCUCAAGACGGAGAACAGCAAACUGCGCAAGACCAAAUACCGCACCCCGUCCGAGCUGCACAACGACAACUUCUCCCUCUCCACCAUCGCCGAGGGCUCCCACCCGAACGACGAUCCCAGCGCUCCCCACAAGCUGCAGGACUCGCUGAAAUCCUGCCUGAAGGACGAGGAGCCCUUCAACAUCCACAACUCGACGUCGCCCAAGCACGACAAAGGGGAGCAGGACGCGGGGGAGCUGAACUGCCUCCAGAACAACCUGACGUGAGCGGCGUGGCCGGGGGGCGCAGCCGGGCUCGCCCCGCUCCCCUCUCCCCCCGCCGCCCUCCCCUUCCCGCUCCGUGGCAUGCUUUGGUGUGUUUUGUACAGAGGAAAGCGAAAAUUCCGGUGAUAAUUCGGCCGUGUCGUGGGGGGUGUUUGGUUCGUGCUCCGUGUUUCUCGCUUGGGUUCGUUCCGCGCUGUGGUUUCUAAACCUUUGCCGUUCCGCAACUGACUUUUUUUGUACUUUUGCCCCACUUUUUUUGAAAUACAGGUAAAAACAACAAAAAAGGAGGAAAAA